AUGGCGGAAGAGAAGCGACGGAAGCUGGAACGGCUGAGUCGCAGCAGAUGCGCCAUAACAAGCCACUGUGCUCAAGAUGAGCAUCCUCUCCCGGCUGGCAAGCAGACACUGUUUGUCAAUGCCUCAAUAAUGGGCAGCGAAGACUUUGUGCAGAGGCCCUGGCUCAUCGACAUCGAGCUCCCAAGCGGAGCAGAGAUUCAGAAGCAGUAG